AUGGACCUCACCAGCUCCUCAGCAGCGCUGGGGGAGAGACGUGAGCUGUCGGAACAGGAGGUGCUGGACUGGCUGAGCCGCCGCGGGUUUGCCCAUGCCCACGCCGCGCUCAUGGCGGAAACCUCAUCGCAGGCGCUGACGAAUGAUGACUCCCCUGCCAGGCAGCGCUUUGUGCGCGACGGUGCCCUAGAGGUGACGGCAAAUGGAGCGAUUCCGACAUCCGCCGAGCUUCAGGCAGCGCUGCGUGACAGUGUCGUGGAGGCCCUGUCCGCAUACAGGGACUUGGCGCGUGACGACAAUGUGCUCACCCUGCUAGAACGUUGGGACCCUCAGCUUUGCUCUCUUUAUGUGCAGCGGGCCGAAAAGCGCAGCGAGGAGGACCGCAGCAGCCUAGAGAGGUGGGCUCAGGUGGCCGAGGAAUCCAACGCGCAACUUCGCACCCGCGAGCGCGAACUGGACGUGCAGAUGAAGCAGACCGUAGCAAUCAUUGCGGAGCGCCUGCAGACUUUGGCCAGCUCGUUGGACCCGAUGCGCAAGGAUAUUCUUCUUCCGCUGCUUCGUACUGUGGCGGUGCUGGGCUCAUCCGGUACUGUGCGCGCUGCAGCGCGGCACAUGAUGCUAACUCUCUACAAGCGACCGAUGAUGGAGCAUCGAAUGGCCAUCGUGCAGGAGUGGCUGCGCGUAGCUCAGGAGGCACCCUCGCGAACGCUGGAGCAGGAGCUGAUUCCAGAGCUGUACACCCUCGUCAACGCACAGGCGUUUGAGCGACGGCUGCUGGCCCUCGAUUGCGCUGCUGCUGUGGCGCCGCUGUUGCGACACUCUCCGCAGGUGCGUUACUCGCUAUGCCAGGGAUUGCUGCGGCCAUUGUGUGAGGACGACACGUCCGCGGUACGCCGCGAGUUGCCACGCUGUCUCUCCUUGCUUUGGGGUGACGCCACGACCGCCGGGACUACGACCACCAUGAACUCGCCUGCGUCGGCAGGCGCCAUUCUGAGACCAAGCGUUGGGGGCGGACUACCGGCGGAGACAAACACCGUGCAUUCAUCUACAGCGCAUACAUCUGUUGAGGGCUUGCCUGGUGCCAUCACGGCGUCCUUGUCACCAACACAGCAGACGUUUUUCAUGGAGCUUCUGGUGCACUUAGCGACUGACAGCAACAGUCGAGCGGUGCGACAGGCGGCGCAGACGCAGUUGUGCGAGGUGCUUUAUCCGGUUUUUCUCCGGGACGGGGUGCUGCUAACGCAAUUCGUGCCUCUGCUGCUGACUGUGAUGGAGAUGGAGGCAACGCAGUGGCUGCUGCGCAAGGGAGUAGACAAAAACAUCAGCAGUGCUGCUGCUUUAGGCUCUGCCAACGCGGCCCACAUCGGGGAAUGGCAGAAAGGCCCCACGGACGAAUCCAACGCGUCUGCAGCGGCGGCACUGUCUCUCAGCAACGUCAUGACACUCAUCCAACUUCUUCACGCGGCCCUCCGCUGCGUUGCCGCAGAGUUGCUGCACAGUCGUGAGGCUGAGGGCCGCCGUGAUCGCUGCCAGGCCAGUGAUGGCUCGCAAACCUCGUCUUCAUUGUCGUCCGCCUAUGUGCGUGUUGUGCUUCCUAUCGCGUACAAUCUGCUCUCUAGCCUCCUAUCCAAGGUCCACCUCGCGUCCCUGACCACAGGUGGGGAAGGUGGCGCGCCGAGCAGUAGCGAUGCAAGUACCCGCUUGUGCGGUCCACUGUGCGCGCUGUGUGCCACACUCGCGUCGUUGGUACCGUUACUUGGUGCGCAGGUGUGGCAGGAAGUGGCACACUACUUGAAAGGGCCGCUCGCUUCUGGUCCGCGGCAUGAAGUUGAGGCUGCGGCCGUAGGCGAGGGCACUUCCGAACUGACAGCAGCGCGGCCACCCCCACCACCGCUACAGCCUCUCCCGCCGCAAAGUGCGAUGGGUGCUUCGCUGACUCAGCAGGAUCUGGAGAGGGGGCAGCUGCUCUUCGUGUUUUCCUUCUUCCUUUUCCUCUGCGGUGACGCCGUGACGCUGCCGCAAGGUGGAACAGGUGCCAGCGCGGAGGACGACGCUACAGCGUCGGAGAGGAAAAGGCAAACCACUGACAUGGAUGCUUUCACUCCUUCCACGCCGCCGCUUUCCGAGUCCCUCACCCCGAAGCGCAUCCGGAGGGAGAGUCUCCGCUUUGUCACUUGGAGCAUUUCGCUGGAGAGCGAGGACGUCAGCUGCCCCCGCUCUGCGCCUCUCAUGGCGUGCAUCCGGUGCGUGGCAGCCUUGACUCCCUUGGCGAUGGCGAGUCACGAGAUGGGGUCUGGCAUUUCAGGACUGGUGAGGUUUCUUGUGGCUUCACCAGACGUGCGGCAGCGACUGACGGCUGUGGUGCUGGCCCACGACACCUGCGCUGUGCUUGCAAGCGAGCGCCUGAAAGUAGUGCUACUGAUUGAGCCUCUGUUGCCCCUUCUCGAGGACCCGCAGCCAGCUGUGCAAGAGGCCGCCUUGUCUGGAGUCCUGUCCGUUUCAGUUGCCCUGACGGAGCCGCGGGCACAAGAGAAGGUCAUUCGACCCGUACUGCGUGUGGCGGACGCUACCGGAUGUACCUCGCGUUUCACCCGCUGCCUGCUACAGCAGCUCUACCAGCUCAUGCAGCGCAUGCCGGCCGAGCCGCGCGAGGCGCUUCUCUACCCGCAGCUCUCCCUACUCAUGGACCAUCUCGCCGAGCUGUGCGUGGAGCGGGUGUCCCAGGAAGUUUUUAGUGCCGCGCCGGCGGCAGCGAGGCGGUCGUCCAUGGCAUCGACGUCAGCGGGUGCACGAAUCGCCCUACAGGGGAGUGCCGGCAGUGAGCAGCGUGAUCUGGGUGAGUAUGACUGGGAGGAUACGAUGCUCGUGCUUAACGCGCUGCUGAACAGCAUCGUUAAGUGCGCUGUGGUGACUCCGACACUCGUCUAUCGGUACCUGCUGCCCGGCAUCCAGCAACUGUCCAGUGACGGUAUCUUGUCUGCAUGCAGCCCGUCACUGCGAUCACGCUGGCUGCGCCUGCACAAGAAUUACCAAGUCUUUAUGGAAAACAACAACGCCAGCCGGCUCGCUUCGAGUGGUGCCGCCUCGGCUGGCGGAAAGCCGAAGGUCGGUACAUUGCUGGACCGCUUUAAGCAUGAACUGAAGCGGCGACUGUGA